AAGGGUGAAAAUAGUUUGGCUAGAUUUGGAAAGUGAUAGAGUCAUCGCGGUCGUGGUGGCGAUUGUGAUCAUCGGUAUCUCGGCUAGAGCUAAUCGAAAAGCCGCGCGCAACCACCUUCACGCAAGAUGACAGCGAAGUAUGUUUUUAUGACGCUGAUCAACGCGGCCUUUCUUUGCCUCACAUCCACCAUACUUUCGGAAUCGGCUGGCUCUUCCUGCAAGUGGUUGUCAGAGGGUGGUAACGACACGCGCUCCGCCGACUGCACCCUUCGUGUCUUGGAUCCGGGCGCGAUUACCAGCCUGGUCGCGUCGCUCGACGGCGCUCUGAAAUUACGAAUACGUUGCAGCGACGUCCAUCACUUCGAGAGUAGUUUCAACGCGCAAACCUGGCAGCGUUUGACGAGUCUGCACGAGCUCCACGUGCAUGGAUGCAAGGUGUUGCGAAUACCGGAGGGUGCAUUCCAGCCGCUGCUCGAGCUCAAGAAACUGACUGUGCAGACGUUUAACGCCGUAUGGGGUGCCAGUCGUUUUCUCGAGCUCGCUCCGGAUUCCUUCCUCGGUCUACGAGAACUGCACACCCUGGAAAUCGUCGAGAGUAACGUGCAAGCGUUACCGGUCAACCUGCUCUGCGGAUUGGACAACCUGCAAACGUUGAACCUGACGGAGAAUCGGUUCCACGACGUGAAUGACAUCGGAUUGAACAGACGCGAUACUGACAGAGACAGCGAGAGUGACGGGUCCGACGGAGGCGACGAGUCGUCGUCAUCGUCAUCGUCAUCGUCGUCUUCGUCUUCGUCAACGUCGUGUCGCGCGGACAUUCGAAUCUUGGACCUGUCGCGCAACGAGAUCACGCGUCUGCAGGAGAACAGUCCAUUGCUGGGACUACGGCAGCUCCAAGAGUUGCACCUGCAACGGAACGCGAUUGUGGAAAUUGCCGGUGACGCACUCUCCGGGUUGACCGUGCUGCGUACCUUUAACGCCAGUUAUAAUUCUCUGGACUCGUUGCCCGAAGGGUUGUUCGCCAGUACGAGGGACCUUCGGGAGAUACACCUGGCGUACAACGGCCUCCGCGACCUGCCGAAGGGUAUAUUCACCCGACUGGAGCAGCUGCUGGUACUCAAUCUCGCCGGGAAUCGGUUGGGCAGCGAUCGGGUGGACGAGACAACGUUCCUUGGGCUGAUACGACUGAUCGUUCUCGACCUGUCUUACAACAUGCUGACGCACAUAGACGCUCGUAUGUUCAAGGAUCUGUUCUUCCUGCAAAUCCUCGAUCUACGGAACAACUCGAUCGAUCGGAUCGAGAGCAACGCCUUUCUGCCACUCUACAAUCUGCACACCCUCGAGCUGUCCAAUAACAAACUGCACACCGUGGGAGCGCAGCUUUUCAACGGUCUGUUCGUGCUGAAUCGGCUCACGUUGUCCGGCAAUACCAUCGCUGGCAUCGACCCACUCGCGUUUCGCAACUGCUCCGAUUUGAAGGAACUGGAUAUGAGCGGUAACGAGCUUACGUCCGUGCCCGACGCGCUGCGCGACCUAGCUCUGCUGAAGACCCUCGACCUAGGCGAGAACCGGAUCAGCAAUUUUUACAACGGCUCGUUCCGCAAUCUCGACCAGCUCACCGGGCUGCGUCUGAUCGGCAACGACAUCGGCAAUCUGUCGCGCGGCAUGCUCUGGGACCUACCCAAUCUGCAGAUCCUGAACCUGGCCAGGAACAAGGUACAGCACGUCGAGAGGUACGCCUUCGAACGGAACAUGCGUCUCGAGGCGAUUCGGCUGGACGGUAAUUUCUUAUCGGAUAUUAACGGUGUCUUCACCAGCAUCGCCAGCCUAUUGUUGUUGAACCUUUCCGAGAAUCACAUCGAGUGGUUCGAUUACGCCUUCAUACCCGGCAAUUUGAAGUGGCUGGAUAUACACGGGAAUUUCAUCGAGAGCCUGGGAAACUAUUACAAGAUACGCGACUCCAAGGUGAAGACCCUGGACGCCAGUCACAAUCGCAUCACGGAGCUGUCCCCGUUGUCCGUGCCGGACAGCGUGGAGUUGCUGUUCAUAAACAACAAUUACAUCGGCCUGGUGCGGCCGAAUACGUUCACGGACAAGGUGAACCUAACCAGGGUGGACAUGUACGCGAAUAUGAUCGAGACGAUGGAACUGACGUCGUUGCUGUUGACCAAGGUGCCCGAGGACAGGCCCCUGCCGGAGUUCUACAUCGGCGGUAAUCCGUUCAACUGUAAUUGCUCGAUGGAUUGGUUACCGGCGAUCAACAAUCAGACGUCUACCAGGGAAUACCCGCGCAUCAUGGACUUAGACAACGUGAUGUGCCGCACAUCCGGCCCACGUGGCGUCGCUAUCGUGUCCGCAUCGACAGCGCGAUCAGAGCAGUUCCUCUGCCGUUACGAGGCCCAUUGUUUCGCCCUUUGUCACUGCUGCGAUUUCGACGCGUGCGACUGCGAGAUGACAUGUCCGGCCGGUUGCAAAUGCUACAACGACCGCACGUGGAACACGAACGCCGUGGACUGCUCGGGCCUGAGGGUAGAGGAGAUACCGAGGCGCAUACCUAUGGACGCGACCGAGGUCUACCUGGACGGUAACGUGUUGCAAGAGUUGCAGAAUCACGUGUUCAUAGGACGCAAGAACAUGAGGGUGCUGUACGUGAACGCGAGCGGCAUCGAGUCGAUUCAGAAUCGCACGUUCAACGGCCUGAACAAUCUGCAGAUCCUACACCUCGAGGACAAUCGGAUACGCGAGUUGAAGGGCUUCGAGUUCGAGCGGCUGUCUCACCUGCGCGAACUCUAUCUGCAGAACAAUCUGAUCGGCUUUAUCGGUAACCUGACCUUUCUGCCUCUACGCUCGCUGGAGAUAUUGCGGCUGAGCGGGAAUCGAUUGGUGACGUUCCCGGUGUGGCAGGUUACGUUGAACGCUAGGCUGGUCGAGCUGUCUCUCGGUAGCAACCCGUGGUCCUGUCGUUGCAAGUUUUUGCAAGAGCUAUCCUCCUGGGUGUCGGACAACGCGCACAAAGUGGUGGACGCGAGCGACGUUUGGUGCUACUACGGGGGUGACGCGAGGCCGGCCUAUAGGCGUCGUUUGAACGUCAACGAAACGGUCUGUUCCGAUUACUUUUCUCAGGGUGGCGUGAUCGAGAGCAUCAUGGUUUCCGAUUAUUUGCCUCUGGUGGCCGCCACCUUGUCGGCCGUGCUGGUCCUCCUGGUGAUCAUCGUUCUCGCGUUCAUAUUCCGAGAGCCUGUCGGUGCCUGGGCGUACUCCAAGUACGGGUUACGAUUCCUGCGGACGAAGCCGGGCAAAUCGACUGGGACCGCGACCAUGCCAUCCGCGGCGCCGAUGGCCGCGUGCUGCGACGUCGACCGCGACCGUCUUUACGAUUGUUACGUCUGUUAUAGUCCAACGGACGAGGACUUCGUGCUGCACUCGUUAGCCGUGGAACUCGAACAUGGCACCGCUGGCCUUAGACUGUGUUUGCACCACCGCGACCUACCUUGCCUGCUACGCGCUUCUGCCCCGGCACCGGUCGUCCUGGAAGCGGUGGACGCGUCCCGGCGAGUGCUCAUCGUGCUCACUCGUAAUUUCCUCCAAACCGAAUGGUCCCGUUUCGAGUUUCGCGCUGCGCUUCACGAAGCCCUCCGCGGCAGGGCCGCGCAGUUGAUCAUCGUGCAGGCUGGACACGCGUGCCCCGAAGUGGAACGCGAUCCCGAGCUACGGCCGUAUCUCAGGACCGCGGCCGCCAUUCUCACGUGGGGCGAGAAGAGGUUCUGGGAACGUCUCCGGUACGCGAUACCAUCGGCCAACACCAUGGGCGACAUAUCGGUGGAGAGCAAGUCGUCGCCACUGGUGUACAAGCGCAACAUCAAUACCUACACGCUGGACGGUGUCGGUAGCGAAAAGACGAGCAUGUCGACGCUUCGUGCGCAGGAACGACAGCGUUCCCUGUUCAAAGACUCCUCGCCAACGACCGCGUUGAUGUUGCAACACGCGCCACCGGCUUAUUCCUGCGGCACGGUUUCCGUUCCGCAGCAACAGCCGCCGCCUUCGUCGCCGCAGCCCAGGCUGACCGUCAAUCACGCCUACCGAGAUGCGGUUACCGUGCCGGGUAGCAAUCUCAUCGCCACGAACACGACGGUCAGCAGCGGCAGCAGCGAGGAUCACAGAAGGCCGCUGUCCGAGCACAUAUAUUCGUCCAUCGACUCGGAUUAUUCGACGCUGGAGAGAACCGCCUGGAGACAGCAGCAGCCACCGCCUCCGCCGCCGCCACCAUCGUCCGGCCAGGCCUAUCUCGUCUAGCUUCGCGCCCAUUCUCUUCUGCUUGUGAUACGUUCUUUCGGAAGGAUGAAGAAGCUUCUCUCGCUUUUUGUGUUCACUACCGCAAAGGGGACGGAUUGCUAUACUUGCCGAACUUUCU